CGCCCAGCUUCCGGUAUUUCUUUUCCUGCAGAAGUCCAGCUUGACGUGUGUCCAUGGCAACCGCAGUAGCUACACCGGGUCCGGUCAUCUCCCGGCGCCUACCGUUACCUUUCCUGGAAGAUAACAGCUGGGGGCACGACCAAAGCAACUUAUUGGGAAAUAAAAGAGAAGUAAAUGUCGCCGACUUGUUUUAGAAAGUCAUGACGCCCUCUCAGAGAGCCCGGUACGGAUGCGAAGCGGCACGUAACGCUAAAUGGAGAGCUGCAGCUCCUCCGGCCCCCUUGCUGAAGCGUGGUGGCGGCGCACCCCAGUCACGGCCCAUUCACUCCCAACCUGUGGGACAGGUUCACAGGCCCCACUUCCCUCCUCCUCCUCACCUCCCUCUCUUCCAUACCCGCCAUGCAGAGGAGAGCGGCGAGAGGCCCCAUCUGGUCACCAUCGUCCGCCCCUGUGGUCAAAGUACACUACGCAAGGUAACGGUCCUCUUGAACCGUAGAGGUGUGGUGUCCUUCGAGCAGCUGCUAUUGGAUAUCUCUGAGGCAUUGGGGUUUCCUCGCUGGCACAGAGCCAGAGUCACACGCCUGUACACGACCCAUGCACGAGAGGUAAAAGGUAUAUGUGAUUUCUUCCGAGGCGAGGUGGCCUUUCUGGCGCUGGGGAAGGCUCGUCCAGAGCUGAGCAGUGUGCAGGAAGCCCUGGAGGAGCUGUUUCCAGAUCAUUCCCACUACCGGACUGAUGCGCUGCGGGCCUGGGAGAAAAGACUUCGUCCGGCGCCAGACAAAGCAGCUAAGGCCGACAGCGGAUACAGUGAGGGGACGGACAACGGCGAGUCACGCGCUAACCAAGAGACACACCAGGACACAAAUACACAUCAUACUAACAAACACACAAUGACACAGCCGCCUCAACACAUAGACACACACCAGCCUGAAGAUUAUAACUCAGAUGGUCAGAAGAGUCAUAAAAAGAAUUCAUGCCGAAAACCUGCUCACCUCCCCAACCACCUGCAGAGACUGCGUGUGAGGGGUGAGGUAAGAGAGCGACAGCCUUCUGUCAUUGGUCCAUUUAAACAUGAGGAAGCUCUUAGAGAAGCAUACAUACCCUCUCCUACACUGUGUGAGAACUGCUUAGCAAGGACAGCUAAACAUCAGGGUCCAGAACGGCUCAAUCCACUGUCAGGGAGGGUCCCACUUCCUCCUGUGUCGAGGAAGCAAAAAGGAAGUUCUUACACAGAACAGGAAGUGAGGAAAUUGUGCGUUCAUAUCACCCCUCCACCUCCUCCUUCAAUCAGCAGAGAUGAGGAGGAGAGUGUUGCCCAGCUGCAACUUUCAGAUCCACUUCCAGAUGUGGGUCACAGACACAAGGACAUACAGCAGAGGACAACCUUUGACCUUCCCUCGGACGGCCGUGAUGUCACCAUGGCAGAUGUUGAACGUUGCUAUGAUAUUGGACGUGUGGUUGGAGAUGGCAACUUUGCGGUAGUGCGAGAGUGCCGGCGUCGGCACAAUGGGCAAACCCUUGCCGUGAAGAUUGUCGAACGCUCCAAGCUGAUUGGUCGAGAGCACAUGAUGCAGAACGAGCUGAGCCUUCUGGGCAGCCUCUGUCACCCUCGCAUAGUGCGGCUGUUUGCGCACCACCACACACGUACUCACUCCUAUCUGGUGAUGGAGCUGGUGAGCGGGGGGGAUCUGUUUGAGGCCAUCAGUGAGAGGGGGAAGUUUUCAGAGGCAGAGGCGGGACUGAUGGUGUCAGAUGUGAGUGAAGCACUGAAUUACAUCCACUGCAAAAGUAUCGUCCACAGAGACCUCAAACCAGAAAACCUACUGAUAGAGUAUGUGGCUGCUGGCAUCUGCAGGCUGAAGCUGGGAGACUUUGGUCUUGCCAUGGUUGUGACUGAACCAGUCUUCACCAUAUGUGGCACACCCACGUAUGUAGCCCCAGAGAUUCUCCAUGAGACAGGUUAUGGUGUUUCAGUGGAUGUAUGGGCUCUGGGUGUUAUUCUCUAUGUCCUGCUGUGUGGAUUCCCCCCAUUUCGCAGCCGGGAUCGGGACCAGGAAGAGCUGUUCCAGCUAAUAAAACAGGGACAACUCAAUUUCCUGUCCCCCUACUGGGACCCCAUCUCAGAAGAAGCCAGAGGCCUUGUCAGAGCUCUAAUUCAGCCAGAUCCCACAGUGAGGCUGACAGCGGAGCAGACCUUGCUGCAUCCCUGGGUGAAGGCUAUGGCUUCCAUUUGCAGGCAGAGGGCGCUCACAGACAAAACUCAGAGGAACCCCACAAAUACUGGAGCAGAACCAGACACAGUCCAGAUGCUAGCUCAGACCAAUGCAACAGAAACAAUCACAGACAAAACACCAGCACACACCAGUAGCGAGGGAGAAAACACAUAUAAAGAGCUCAGCAGGCAGGACGAGAGACACACUGAGUUGAACACAGGAAGAGGACCAGAUGACAAACCACCACAGCUACAAUCAAAAGAGACCAGUACAAUUUACACCAUAUCUCCACAACUCAAAGUGCACACACCUUUAGAGGCCACAUCUGGUCAACAGAGACCAGAGUGCACCUCUACAGACUCAUCCAGCAGGGGGGGCAGCAGGCGAGAAACACAGGAUCCAGGUCCCAAGCUGUCAAACACAGACUGUGACCCUGGCAGCCCUGCCAGCCCGAGUGUUGAACUCAAUCAGCUCGGUGCCCCCGCAGUCCAAACUGAGCUUCCAUCCCAGACACAGUCAAAACAAAACUGCCAACAGCAGUCACCUUCAUAUUCACCACCUUCAACCAAUCAGGCACAACAAACCACAGCGGGUCACUCGAUGCAACACCUCCCAUCCUCCAACCCAGCAGCAGCUUCUUCAUCUCACUCGCUCCAUCAGCAGAACUUCCCCUUUCCCCUGCACAACCCUCCCACAACCACCGCCCAAAACCACCCAGCCGAAAACAAUGACGAGCCGAACGUCCACAGCACCACCACCCUCCCACCCACACAGUAG